CGGGAAACCCAUUGCAACUCGGACGGCUGGGACCGACGGGUGCCUCGGCACGGUGGCGGGGGGGUGGUCCGUUUCUGUUUGACUUAGCCCUGUCGGUUCUUACUGCUUUUGAUAGCAAAGAGGAGUCAGGCAUCUUGUUUCUUCCCUAAAAUGCUGUGCCCCCUCGUGAUCCCUGUGAAAAAGGCCAGCCCGUUCUUUAAAAAUGUUGAUAGUUUAAUAGUUCAUACUAUGGUUCUAAGAAAAGAAUGACAGGCAUCUAAAAUGGAACAUUUAGGGUUAGGAGAAUAGGAGACUCUAAAACCAGGGGCACACAUGUCUGGGUGCCUUACUGAGCCCAAAGCCAUGAGCAAGGACCCCUGUUCCCAAAGGCUUAUCCAUUCAAAGCAAUAGCCUGCCGCAUAUCCCUCCAUUUCGUCCAUGAUGCCUCCAUGGCAUUCCAAGAAAGAAAUCUCAGUGGUCCAUGUGACUUUUUCCUUUCAUCUCUAUGGCUUCCUCAGGGCUGAGCGAGGCAGGAGAGUUUGGUCUUUUUUGAUAAGCAAGUAGUCCAUUCCUUUUCUUGGAAAGAUUUCUGUUUUCCUGUGCUUGGUCUCUAAAAGCUCCAUUUGAAUUGCACAGCUACAUGGACUAUACUGUCUAAAUAGGAAUACAACAUUAUUCAUGGAUUCAACAUGCAUGCACUCCAUCUCUUGUGUAGAGCUCUAUCAUCUGCCCUUUCACCAUCCCUUUGGAGAAACUCCUCUCCAAGCGGCGUGUGGCUGACCCUGGCUUCCGGGGAGUCUUGCUUGUUGCUCCUCUCACUGUCUCCUCAAUGGGGAAAGGCAGAGAUGCCAGGGAUCCACCCGGACGUCUGGGGGACAACGUGGCUGUGUGAGAAGGCAGGUGAAGGCUCUAGGCUGCCUCCAGAAGUACGUCUUGUUGUGUACAAGCUUGCCAGCAAGGCUAAGCCAGCACUGGAGAAGAGGAGUGCCCCUUUUGGAGCGGCACAGAAGCACCUGCCGUUCGGUCGCCUGAGUGAGGCGGCUUCGGCCAGCCAAGCCGUCCCUGGAUCCCGUCACGGGGUCAUCUGUCACGCUCACCUACCGGCUGGCAGAAGGAGCAGAUGCGUGCUGCCAUCGUGCAUGUGUGCUGUCAGCAAGCUGUGGAGAAGCUGCAGGAGGCUGCUGAGCAGCAAGCGGGGGAUUCUCCACCCAGAGUCCACCAGAUGGCGCCGUCAGCCUCCCCCGUUCCUGCCGCCGCAGCCGGUGUCCCCGGUGGGACAGGUGGCCCUGCAGCAGGUGGCCUGUUUGGAAGCGUCUGCGCGUGCAGAGCUAGGAAGACGCUACCUCCUGAAAGAGGAGAAGAGCAGCAAGACCUGUGACAGCAGCAUCAGGCAGCAGAGAGCCCCGCUGGUAACAUGCCUGUACCUCCCACCUGAGAGAAGAGAAGGCUGUGAAGAAAGAGGUUGUUGUGCCUGCCAUCUUUCCUCCACUCUCCUUUCUGCGCAGAGCACACGGAAGGAGAUCUCCUUCCAGGAGCCGUGGCUGCUGACAGUGAGGCUGAGCUCUUCUGCAGUAUUGGGAAGCACCAGUUGUCUGCCUUCCUUCCACCGGUGGGUGUGAAGAUGUACAGCAACUCGGUGGUGUCAGCUGCUGCAGCCCUCGCUCCUGGCAAAGUCUGCACGGUCAAUCUGUGUCAUCAGCUCCGAGUUCCCCGAGUCCUGCUCGCGUCUGCCGUUCACGAUGCUGGAGAAGUCCCCACUGCCUGAUGUGAGAUCCAACCUCAUUGUUGCAGCAGGAGAUCUAGCCAUCCGCCUCUGGGACCUGCCGGUGCCUUGGACAUCAUCUCUCUGUGCCAGGGUCAUGCUGUCUACCACCUGAUUCCAGGCAUCAUCAGACACCUCUGGGAUCCUAACAGUGGCCUACAGGAGGAAUCCUUCCACGCUAUGAUGAGCACAGGCAGCCUUACCCACCGGAUUGCCGGAGGACAACAGCUACCAGACCUUUCUGCAGGAACACAGCUUUGACGAGACCGCUUCAUCUGGACUGCUGCCACCACGGUGCCAGAUACCGCUCUGGAUGGAAGUUGGACUUUUACCACUGUGGCUAGAGGAUUUGUACAGGCUUUGGCAGCCAAGCCGUCCCUGGAUCCUGUCACGGAGUCAGCUGUCAUGCUCACCUACCAGCUGGCAGAAGGAGCAGAUGCGUGCUGCCAUCGUGCAUGCGUGCUGUCAGCAAGCUGUGGAGAAGCUGCAGGAGGCUGCUGAGCAGCAAGCGGGGGAUUCUCCACCCAGAGUCCACCAGAUGGCGCCGUCAGCCUCCCCCGUUCCUGCCGCCGCAGCCGGUGUCCCCGGUGGGACAGGUGGCCCUGCAGCAGGUGGCCUGUUUGGAAGCGUCUGCGCGUGCAGAGCUAGGAAGACGCUACCUCCUGAAAGAGGAGAGCAAGAAGACCUGUGACAGCAGCAUCAGGCAGCAGAGAGCCCCGUCAGUCUCAUCAGCUCCCAGUUCCCCGAGUCCUGCUCGCGUCUGCCGUUCACGAUGCUGGAGAAGUCCCCACUGCCUGAUGUGAGAUCCGGCCUCAUUGUUGCAGCAGGAGAUCUAGCCAUCCGCCUCUGGGACCUGCCGGUGCCUUGGACAUCACCUCUCUGUGCCAGGGUCAUGCUGUCUACCACCUGAUUCCAGGCAUCAUCAGACACCUCUGGGAUCCUAACAGUGGCCUCGAGGAGGAAUCCUUCCACGCUAUGAUGAGACAUCUGCUCUCCUUUCUUCCGAAAGGGAAAUGAACACAGAGCUCCGUGGAGGAAGUUUGUCCGAGAUUCCGCACUGCCGGGGAAAGAAGGCUUCUUUUGACUUGCCAACGGCACGGAUGUUUGAAAUCAUCAGGGCAGGUGACUGGAUGAGCUCCUCGAAUGCCUUUGUUAAGCACAGGGAAGGCUGAAGGCUGAAGGAAUCGGCUCGCCUAUAGCCCUGCCGCUCGUUUUGGACAGCAACUGAGGAGGAGGUGCGAGCGGGACGUGCCGCUCCCAGCGCAGCGUGGGGAUUGCCGUCUCCCAGGGGGUCUCAGGCACUGGCCUGGCCGGUCCGGAUGCAGGGGUGUCUCUCUCUCUCGGGGAGCCUCGUCCGUUCCAGCGAGACUCCGGGAAGCUGUGUGCCGAUCCCUGAGGGCUUUGCUGAUUCCGUUCAGUCUUUUGGACGUGUGGAACCUGUAUGGGCUCCUUUUGGGGAAGGAUUGGACGACGCUUCGGGUACAAAAGAGCCUCCCAGGCUUCUCGGCACUUCCCAUAAGGCUGCCGGGGGCGGCAGCUUGACGGCAAGGCGUGACAGCAGCGGCAAGCAGGAAGAGGAGCAGGUGGAGAGCAGGUGAGGGAGCAGCAGAGGCUGUACCUGAAGGAAGGUCAGGGGUUUUUGGGGAAGGAAGGUGUAAGCUGUGACUGAGGAGGUGAGGAACUGGCCUAUGGGGUGCAAAGCCCUUGGGCUGUCAGCACCUUCAGCAUUCUUGCUUGAAGUCCUGGGGCACAAGCAUGACUCUUUCACCCCCUUGAUCCAAGCAUUUCUGGAUCAUUCAGGAUGUUGUUAGGAGCUUCUCAAUUUUCUUCCCCUCCUCCCUUAGAGCCUGAGCCAUGCCAUUUUCCAAGAAGCCGGAUCUGGAUCCAUCCCCGUGCUCAGAUCUUCUUUCUUCCUCUGCUCCUUCGCUAAUGUGAGGUUGUAUCCUCUUUCCCUCUCCCUUUCUUCUUGUCCAAGGGCUUCUGUAGCACUUAGCUGAGCUUUGUUCCGAAGGCCUAGGUGGAGGUGUUUCUGUUGCUCCCGUUUCCUCCCUUUUUUUCUUGCCUGUCUCUACCGUGCUGGUUUUCUGACCCAUUUUUCCAGAUACUACUUUGGUCCCCCCCUCGCUCUUUUCCAGUUUUUCUUAUAACCUACCUACUACACACUUCCAUCUGUGUGUACAGAGACACACAGACAGAGACAUACAGACACACACACAUAGACACACACGCAUAGACACACACACAGACACAACACAGCUAUAGACACACACACAUAGACACACACGCAUAGACACACAUGCAUAGACACACACACAGACACACAGCUUUACAGACACACACGCAUAGACACACACGCAUAGACACACAGCUUUACAGACACACACAUAGACACACACACAGACACACAGCUUUACAGACACACACGCAUAGACACACAGCUUUAUAGACACACACACAGACACACAGCUUUACAGACACACACACAUAGACAUACACACAGACACACAGAUUUACAGACACACACACGUGGGCACACAGACACACAGACACAUACAUAGACACACCCCUCCCCCCCCAGACAUACAGACUCACACAGACACCCACACCCACACAUCUGCUUUUUCUCACAGAGGUAUUUAAUACAAUUCACCUCCCUCCAAGCAGGUGUAGGGAAUUUUAAACUUCACCAUUGCCCUAGGUUACAAUGUAAGAUGUGCUCCAAGUACGUAUUUUCUAUCACCAGGUACAUGAAAUGUUGAAACUAAGUUCUGCACUGCUUCCCUUGGCCCCUGCCUCCAGACUAUCUCCUGUUCAUGGCCCAUCCAUGCCUUCCUGCAUGACUUCUAGAUAACUCCCUCCAGGAGCUAUGUCUGUUUAAGAGGCAAUCAAGGACCCCUUGAUUGACUGAUUAAAUACUAUCAGCCCAUUGUGAGUUGCUCCGCCCAGGGGGAGGAGCUAAGCAUUCACACCUGGAUAUAAUCUACCAUUUGGGACAGCACUGGCAGCCUUACCCACCGAAUUGCUGGAGGACUACAGCUGCCAGGCCUUUCUGCAGGAACACUGCUUCGACAAGACCGCUUCAUCUGGACUCCUGCCACCACGGUGCCAGGUUUGAUGCUGACUGUGUCGCUGAUCUUUUGUUCCAUUGCAUGUGGUUUUUUUCAUUUUAUUUUACUUUUUUUUCUCUCCUAUUAAAUGGUUUCUUUCUGA